GCGUGUGGCGUGACCGCGAUCGAGGCGAUCCUCAGCAGCAAGCCUCCGCUGGCCUUCAGCCACUCGCCCGGCUGCAUGUUCCUCACCGACAUUCCUGACUCGCCUACCUCCACCAUAACUCCGCCCACUGAGGCCAAACCCCAUCCUGAGCUGACCCCCCUGUGCUUCCAGGUGUCCCAGAAUCCCUUGCUGUACAGCCUGGUCUCUCAGGGGAUGGCGGCGAGGAUCAGACAGCUGGAGGUGAUGAUCGGAGAAGAUCCAGGUGAGCGAGGCAUCAGAGCUUUAUUCGUUCAGGAUGAACUCCUGCGCUCCUGUCUGGCUCUAUCCCAUUCCUCCUCUGUUGCCAUAACAACGGGCUUCCCAACACACUACAUGCACAGCCCUCCCGAUGAAACGGACGGCCCACCGGGAGCAAUUGCCAUGGCAACCAUGCUGCUGUCUCUGGGGAAACGGGUGACCAUGGUGACGGAUCGCCGGGCGCUGGAGAUGAACCGCGCCAUCAUCGAUGAAGCAGUGAGGACAGGAGUCCUGAAGGCUGCUAUCCCAUUGGUCACUUUUGAAGACGGUGGUCCAGACGCUGCGCGGCACUUCCUGUGUCACCAUGGAGACCCUAACAAGCCCAGAUUCGACCACCUGGUGGCGAUAGAGCGCAGCGGACGCGCCGCAGAUGGGAACUACUAUAACAUGAGAGCAGUGAACAUCAAACAUCUGGUGGAUCCCGUGGACGACCUGUUCAUCGCUGCCAAGCACAUACCUGGAAUCGGCACCACAGGAAUCGGUGAUGGCGGGAACGAGCUGGGGAUGGGGAAGGUGAAGGAGAAGGUGCAGAGCCUGAUGCCCAAAGGCGGUCUGAUCGCUUGUGAGGUUCCUGCAGACCACGCCGUCACCGCAGGCGUGUCUAACUGGGGAGGCUACGCUGUGGCCUGCGGGCUCUACCUGCUCCACACCUGCCCAGCGCACCUGCGCUACCUGAGGAAGGGGCUGGGACUGGAACCUGUGACCUCCACGGAGCAGCUGCAGGACUGGACUACUAACCUGCCGUCUGUGGAAAAGGAGGAGUCCUUCCUCUCCACUCUGGUCCGGUUUGGGAUCCGAAGCGGGAAAACUGGUCACCUGGCCAUGGAGGUGGAUGGCCUGACCUUUCACCCCACCCACUCUGACAUGAUCACCAGACUGCUGGAAGCGACACAAAGCGGGCGCGGCACGUUUUAAUCAGCAGAGUGACCCCCCCGUGAGAUGCAGCGCUGCUUGUACCGUAUGGAAGGACGUCCACCUCGAGGUGCAGAGCUGAGGGAAGCAGCUGAAAUGUUUCUCACCUGUCAGAGGCCACGCCCCCAUUAAUGCAAAUUUUACACCUUAAUAAUGAUAAUAAUAAUAAUGAGUUAGUACAAGUUAACCUGGUGUUACGAGGGAGAAAAUUGUCUCUAGAGACAAAACAGUUUGUGCAUCAGGCUGCGAGCAGGUUUCGUUUUACCUGGGAGUCUAUGGGACCGACUCACUGCUGCCUCUGCUGGAUGCUGGGGGAACUGCAGGGUAAAAUCGUCCUCUCUGUGUUUGUUUGUCAGUAAAUGAGCUGAAGAUGAUUUACGUUUUGUAGAAAUGAGAUAUGAAUAAAAGAAAUCUGCUCAAA